AUUAUACGUGGGUAGAUGUCUCCAACCAUUAUGCGCUCUUUCUCGGAGAUUUACCUACCUGAAAAUAAACUUUACGGGAUAUGUCAGAGAGCUUUCUGUCUAUUCCCUAUCUCUGGCUCACAUUUCACGACGGGACCCAAAGUUGACAGCCUAAAGCUCUAUGAAACAAUCCCCAUUCCGCGUGCCCCGCAUAAGACGCAGACGGGUGGUUGUGGCUCUACUCACCUUCUUAACCAUCACAGCACUCACAUACGCUUCCCUUUUCUCAAAAGACAUUCCCAAUGUCCCCUUUAACAGCCAAAAGGACCUGUAUGCCCUUAGGAUAUUCGGUAAAUCCCGUGAACCAAUAAGCCUAGAUUUGCUCCUCGAAACCAAGUCUAACCACCUCGAAACGCUAGUCCGCCACAACCCGAACCGUCAGGUGCUGAUUCCAAGCGCGUACUUCGACGCAUCUGCUCCAAACCCUCAGCUUUUGGAACACAACAUUCAUUUCACUCUAGGCGUGUACCUCCACCAUAUCGUCAAUGCAAUCACCCAGGCCCCGGAGAUGACCCUAUCAGACAUCACUGUGCCGUUCCACUGGGUGGAUUGGGUGGAUAUGGGGGACAUUUUCACCAACUCCCUCCUACUGUCAGCGAAAGAGAAGCCUCUGUGUGCAGAUAUUGCCAGCAAUGGUGCCCUUCGCCGCCACGUGGAUCGCUUAGACCUUGUACACCGCCCCUUCGGACCCGUGCGCGAAGCGGAGAAUGACUUUAGGGUGGACAGCGAUGAGACUGAACAUGACAGUGUGCUACCUGUAUUCUGUAUGAAUGAUGAAGGCUACUCCAAGUUUGUGGCCAACGAUGGCCGUGGACUCUUCCACUCGGUGCUUGAUUACGUCAAGAAGGGGGUCGUUGGUGAACGAGGAAGCGAGGUUCUUUCCCCCGGUUUCCACGUUUCCUCCCCUGGGAACGCCGGUGGGCUCGGCUUGAGCACCAUGUAUGGGAAAUCCUACCUCUUUUCCUUCGCUCCACCUCCGGUUUCUCUCAUCUUUCUUGUAGAAAACCUGGCGUACGAGGUCCCCGUAAAGCAGGAGCAAUCGCAGAAGUUGAUGCUUACCCAGAACGGUUUGAUCGAGGAGUAUGUCAGUACCAAGCAAUACACCGUGGACUCCGCGAGAGCCAUGGGUUUAUUUCAAUCAGGUGUUCCGGCUCUGAAGGUUGCCCCAGAGCUUUUAUUGGAGAAGGAACUUCUGGAGGACAUGUUCCAAUUCGACGCCGAGCAGGAGUUAAAGACGUUGGAGGAAACGCAAGGCGAAUAUGAGCUGGUCAAGACUGCUCGAUUCAAGAGGUUUCUCGAGACCAAACCAGCGGUUGACCAGCCCAGGCACUUUAACCUGCCGCAGUUGGAGCACACCCAGUUGGACUCGAGCAUGUACGACUGGAGAUUCUUCAACGCAGAGCGCACCUUGCCCCUCUCGGCCACCCAUACCCCAGCCCUUGUCCAUGGCUUGAUCACCGCCUGGCUCCACUUUGCCCAGGUGUACGAGUUCCACUCGUGGCUCGCAUCCGGGUCUUUGCUUGCGUGGUACUGGAACGGACUUGUGUUUCCGUGGGACAGCGAUCUCGAUGUCCAAGUUCCGGUUGCGACCUUGUAUGACCUUGCGCACCGCUUUAAUAACACGCUCAUCUGCCACAAUGGAGAUGUCUACUUGUUUGAAGUGGGCGGAUACAUUCAGACGAGAGAACGCGAUAACGCCAAUAACAAGAUUGACGCGAGAUUUAUUGACACCAAGAGCGGGGUCUACGUUGAUGUGAUGGCUCUCUCGGUCUCCGGGGUAAGAGCCCCAGAGAGGUAUACCAAGGCGAAGGAAAACCCGGAAAAUACAGAUGACCAGGAUCUGGCUAACGGUCAGAGUGCGAAAGAAGACCCGGAAAAGAGAGAUGACCAAGAUAUAGCUGACGGCCAGAGUUCGAAGGAAGACCCGGGAAAGAAAGAUGACCAAAAUCUGGCUGACGGCCAGAGUGCGAAGAAUAUUGUGAGCGCAAACAUCAAUUACUCGGCCCAGAACACCCAGCUCAAGGUGUACAACUGUCGCAACCACCACUUUGCCAGCCUCAACGAGUUGUCUCCGCUCUCACUUACUCUGAUGAACGGCGCCCCGGCCUACGUCCCCCACAAGUUCUGGGAGAUUCUCGAGGUGGAGUACAAAGGUGGAAUGGAGAGCAUGCACUUCGAGAGUCAUGUUUACUUGCCGUUAGUGCACUUGUGGGUCCCUGAGACGGAUGUCACAACGUACUUGGAGAAGUACAACGGGCAGUUCCCAGAGGGCGACGCCCGUCAGAAAGAGAGUUCUUCCCAGCUCAACGAGGCAGACUUGCCGAGAAUGUUAGCUUUCAAUAAGCGCUGGUUAGAGGAGUAUGCUGCUACAUACGAGUUCACAGAGAUGCACGAUGUCCAGAUGAUGUCCAGGGAAGGAAAGGGCGAUGAGAGCCCCGAGGAAGUGGCUAGAAACUAUCUAGACAAGAACUGGAACCCUAAAAUGGAACCAACCAGAGGAAGGUCUAGACCACUCCGGGUUUUGCACUAGCGGCGUUUAGUUGUAUAAUAAAGAGAUAUAGAUUUGAGUCG